AUGAGUAUUUCUACGGUUCGCCUUUCAUAUAUGGCCCGCGGCCUCUCAGUACCUCGGACGUUUGCAAGGGUUCCUCUAUCGACACCAUGGCAACAAUAUCGAUAUGCCACUUCGGGCCAUAUCCCAAAGAUCGCUCAACCAUCGUUCUGGCACUCGAUGAUUCCCAAGUUUAUUCGAGACCGACGCACGAAAAAAGACACCGAUCCUUCAAAGCCGAAGGAAUGGAAUCCUGCUAGCUUCUACAUCAUUAUAUUCAUUCUGAUCGGUUCGCAAGCGAUUCGAAUGAUUGCGCUUAAGAACGAAUAUAACGCAUAUACCCGUUCAACCGACGCGAAGAUUCGACUUUUGCGGGAGGUUAUUGAGAAGGUCCAGAGAGGGGAGAAGGUAGACAUUGAAAGGCUACUUGGAACAGGCGAUGAGGCAAAGGAGAGAGAAUGGGAAGAAAUACUUCGCGAAAUUGAAGAGGAAGAUUCCCUUUGGCACCGAAAGAAUUCCAAAACGGAACCCGCUCAGGAAAAGCCAGCUGAGCAACUAAAGACACAGGAAGUAGAGAAAUCUCGGGUGAAGGACACCGUUGUUCCGGCUGAAGGACCUUCACAAGAGGAGCCACCGAAAGACGGUGCCACGAGAAGGAAGUUGAACUUCUUCUAA